UGACGUCCUUCCUGCUUCACCGUAACAGCACGUGUACGGUGUACAAUUUAGAGCAGACGGGAAUAACAGCAUCUGAACCUCCGCUUUCAGACACCGUCGUGUGGGCUCCUUAUUUUUUUCUUCGGGGAAAGCUCUGCCGACUAAGCCGUCAAAAUGGUGAAGCCUCUGUUCAAAGGGAAAAGCUCGAUAAACAAAUCGACGUCCAGCAGCAACCCUGAUCGAGCCAAGGGUGCUGGAGGGACCAACAUGAGGGACCGAUCCACCAUCAAACGUCUGAAUAUGUACAGACAAAAGCAGAGAUGUAAUGACCGUGGGAAAAUAAUACAAUAUUCUUUUUUCAGAUUCUCUUUGGCUUCCAGAGUGUGGUAGCAUGUCUUCCUAGGGUCUCCAAAUAACACUAACAAUACACAUAUUUUCUGUAUUUCAGCAAAUACCCGUGUGAUCAAGCAGUCCUCCCUCCAGAAGUUCCAAGACGAGAUGGGAGCUGUACAGAAGGAUCCAUAUCGUGUGGUGAUGAGACCAAGCAAACUCCCCAUGUCCCUCCUGCAUGAUAGAGUCAAAGCUCAUAACUCCAAGGUGCACAUUCUGGACACAGAGGGUUUUGAGACCACAUUUGGGCGCAAGGCUCAGAGGAAGAGGCCCAGUCUCGUGGUGGAGGAUGUGAAGGACCUCGUAGAAAAGGCUGAGGCCUCAGUCCGGACCUAUGAUGCCGACAAGGACAAAGACCUGGUGAUUGAGGACAUGGGGGUCCGGGAUGAAGUACGUGAGGAAAUCUUCAAAAAGGGUCAGUCCAAGAGGAUCUGGGGAGAACUUUACAAGGUGAUUGACUCAUCUGAUGUCAUCAUCCAAGUGCUUGAUGCCCGUGAUCCCAUGGGAACGCGCUCCCAGAGCAUCGAGAAAUACAUGAAGAAAGAGAAAUCCUGGAAACAUCUGAUCUUUGUUCUAAACAAGUGUGACCUCAUCCCCACCUGGGUCACGAGACGUUGGGUAGCUCUGUUAUCCCAAGAGUGCCCCACUCUGGCUUUCCAUGCCAGCCUGACCAACUCGUUUGGUAAGGGCUCCCUCAUCCAGCUGCUCAGGCAGUUUGGCAAGCUCCACACAGACAAGAAACAGAUCAGUGUGGGUUUCAUUGGCUACCCUAAUGUGGGAAAGAGCUCCGUCAUCAACACCCUGCGGUCUAAGAAGGUCUGCAAUGUGGCACCCCUUGCCGGAGAAACAAAGGUGUGGCAGUACAUCACUUUGAUGAGGCGCAUCUUCCUCAUAGACUGUCCCGGUGUUGUCUACCCUUCAGACGACAGUGAAUCUGAUAUUGUCCUGAAAGGAGUGGUUCAAGUGGAGAAGAUCAAGAACCCAGAGGAGCACAUUGCGGCAGUGCUGGAGCGGGCCAAGCCAGAAUACAUUCGGAAGACUUACCGCAUCCCCACUUGGAACUCUCCUGAAGAAUUCCUUGAGAAACUGGCAAUGCGCACUGGGAAACUUCUGAAGGGUGGUGAGCCAGAUCUCUCCACAGUCUCCAAAAUGGUGUUGAAUGAUUGGCAGAGAGGACGUAUCCCCUUCUUUGUGAAACCCCCUGGGGCUGAGGGGGAUCAUGAGGGCAAGGGGCAAUUCCCAGUUGAAGCACCCUCAGCGGCAGUUGAGAAUGUGCAGGAGGAACAGCCAGACAAUCCGGACGCCACCUCGGAGGAACAGCAGCAGAGAAAGAAGGAGCAGGUCACGAAGAUUCUGUCUAAUGUGCGACAGAACUUUGGCAAAAUCAAUGUGGCACCCGAGUUCAACGAGGAAGACUUGGUUCCUGUGGAGAUGCCUGACCUGGGGCUGUCUGACUUCUCUGGCUCUGAUGGCGAGGAAGACGGUGAAGAAGAAGAGGAUGAGGAUGAGGAGGAGGGCGGCGGCAGCGCCGAGGCAGACGGGGCCAAUGUUGAACCAGCUAGUGGAGAGACUGUUGACGCCGAGCCUGCAACCGCUCAGACUGGCAAAGCAACCAGCAACAAGAGUUCACGGGAGGUGAUUCGUGAGCUGGAUGACAAGAUCUCUAAGUACAAGCAUUUCCUGGACCGGGCCAAAUUCAAGCGCUUCUCUGCAAUACGGAUACCUAAGGCACUGUCUGACAAAGCGUUCACGGACAUCAAGACUAAACAAGUGGCGGCAGAGCAAGCAAAGCAAGCACAGAAGAAAGAUGCAAAUCAGCAGAGCAAGAAGAGGAAAGCUGAGGAGGACGAGGAGCCCACCCAAUCCCACAGACUGACGUCUAAACAGAGACGAGCAAUGGACCAUGCUAAGAAGACGAAGAAAGUUGGUGUCCGCUAUUACGAAACACACAAUGUGAAGAACAAGAACAAGAACAGACAGGCCCCAGCAUCGGCCAAAGACGGCCAAAAGGCCAAACGACCAAAACACUAGACUGGAGUCGUGAAACUCAACGUUUGUAAUAAAUCUUUAUUUAAACUAGCCCAAAAGAACAUGCUUUUAUUGAUAGUGUAGAGUUGACAGAAGGUGGAAUGCUGACUAAUUGUUAAAUGGUCUUUAUCAAGUGGCCACUUGAUGCCUUAUCAUUACCAUGACCGUCUCUCUGUUCCAGUCUCCAGGACUGUUUUUGAAUGACAUUUAAUUCAUCAUUUACAGGUGUAAUGCUCUCUUGAUGUUCAAGAGAAAGGUACAGUUAUUGUGAACUGUACUUGCCAUGCUGUAAUAAAAUACUCUUUAAUUAC